AGAAAGAAACUUUUCAACUUCAACGUCAAUGAUGGUCAAGUUGAGUGAUUUUCUUUGGUUUAUUAGUGAAAAAUAGCAUUUAAAAUGUUAGAAAAGUGGCAAAAUUGGUGUCGUUUGUGUGCAAAAUGUGAUUUUGAUGAAAGUGAUGCAUUAAGUAAAAUGGAACCAAUUGCAGAUCAAUUGGAAAUUGUUAAUAAGUUUUUCAUGAUUUCGCUUCUACCCUUUGAGAACAUGGAACCACUAAUCUGUGGGCAAUGCUCUAUAUUCCUGAGCAAACUUAUUGACUUUAGAGAUCGUUGCCUGAAAGCAGAGCAAAUGUUUAACGAACUAAUUACAAUGGAAAAUGUUAAAACUUCCGAUCUUCAGUCUGUUCGGUACAAAUUUGGAAUUGAUGACGAUGAGAUUAAAUACAGUGCAGUUUUGGCUGAAACUGAAAUUCAGGAACCGGCAAUACCAUUUUUAACUGACAUGGAUGAUAGUAUUGAUCCACUUGAGCAGAAAAAUAAUAGUCCGAUGGUUGUGAAAGAGGAAGACAAUAAUGUUUUAAAUUCUCCCCAACAUACAAAGAAACGUAAAAGAAGAAAAGAAUGCACCAAAAGCAGAAAAUCAGAAUCUCCUAAAUUCGUAGAUGAAAAUUCUCUCGAUAAUUCAAAUGAAGGUGAAAAUGAAUCUAAAGAGAUCGAAGUUAAAGAAGAGCCAGAUGGAUCAUUGCAAGAGUUGCAAGAGGAUAGUAAUAAAAAUGAAGCAAAAGAUGAAGGGCAAAGUCGGAAGCAUGUGUGCGAAAUCUGCUCGAAAACUUACAUAAAAUUGCGUUACUUGGAGAAGCAUAUUCAAAAAUCGCACAUUAAUCAAAAUAGUUCAAAUGCAAGGAAGCAUAUGUGCUCCCAAUGUUCAAAAUGCUUCCGUUCUGUGAUGGUCCUGAAGAGGCAUGAGAAAAUUCAUCUGUCAGAAGCUGAGAGAAAUAUCUACCAAUGCCCAUAUUGUGAUCGAAAGUGUUCACAAAAGGGAAAUCUCAAUACACACAUCCGUGCAAUUCACUACCGCGAAAAGCCAUUUAUUUGCGAAGAAUGCGGUAAAUCUUUCGUCACAAAAGGUGCUUUGGUUGAACAUCAAAUUAGUCACAGCGAGGAGCGCACAUUUGAAUGUCCGUUCUGCCUUAAAAUGUUCAAGAAUCAACCGCAACUCAAAAGACACGAACAAAUACACAAAGAAGGCACAUAUGAGUGUCCACAUUGUGGUGUAAAGCGCAAAACUAAGGACAGUCUCAAAUACCACAUGUUGGUACAUUCGGAUGUUAGAAGAUACAAAUGCCAGUACUGUGAAAUGGAAUUCAAACGUUCCAAGAAUCUCAAGUUCCAUCUCAUCAUGCACACCGGUCAGCAACCGUAUAAAUGCAGAUUUUGUGAUCUCACAUUCACAUAUUGUUCAAAUCGGAAGAAACACGAAAGGGCAUCACAUACAUUCAAAUUAGCAGCUUGGGAGGCUUCAGGAGAGAAAACAGAAGUAACACUUCUUCCCAGGUUGGAAGAUUUGCAAAAAUUGCAACCUUUGCAAUCAGAUAGAAAGAAAAAUAUGCAAACAAAUUGGCAAAGUUGGUGCAGAUUGUGUGCUAAAAGAGAUUUCACAGACGGGGAUGCAGUUUAUAAAAUGGAAACACUGAAAGAUCAAUUGGAAGUUGUCAGCAAGUACCUUCUAAUUUCGCUUGUCCCUCUUGAGGGUAUCCAAUCGUCUAUAUGUGGUGAAUGUUCUAGCUUCCUUACAAAGGUAGAACACUUCAGUGAUCAAUGCGUGAGAACAGAUCAAAUGUUUAAUGAACUCCUUAAGGCUGAAAAUAUCUCGGACGAUGAUCUCGAAUCCAUUCGUUUCAAAUACGGAAUCGACGCUGAAGAAAUUAAAUAUAGCAUAAUUCUUACUGAGUUUGAAAAUGAUAGAGACAAAAAGGAAAUCGUUCCUCCUUUAGAUACAUUUUCUGACCCUCUGGAAGUGGACUUGAAGGAACCCGUCUCAGAAGAACCUCUGAAGCCUUCAAAAAAACGCGGCCGACCUAAAAAGUUGGAAAAGGAUAAAGAAGAAAUUAGUUUCACAGGCUCAUGUUCUGAUCGUGAAAUAGACAGUGAUAAAUCUAUUUCUAACGAAGAACCAGAAGAACCGAUAACAACUCGUAGGAAACGUGGAAGACCAAAGAAAUCAGAGAAAGUUGAAAACUCUCUUCAGUUAAACGAAAAACCAGAAGAGCCAACAAGCUAUUGUUCUGAAAAUGAACCAGAAGACACACAAAGUGAUGAAGAUUCUCAAGGGGAAAGCAAUAGGACAAGCAGCGAAAAAGAUAAGCCAAGAUCAUGUGAGAUCUGUUCUAAAACAUUUUCUCGCUGGGCCUCAAUGAGGAGGCAUAUUGUUGAAACUCAUAAAAUGGGUGAACUACCCUAUGCGUGUUCCCAAUGUCCAAGGCGCUUCUACACAAAAUCAAAAAUGAAACUGCACGAAACUGUCCAUUUGCCAGAUGAAGUCAAGAAGAUCCAUCCAUGCCCGCAGUGCGGAAAGAAGUUCAGAACAGUUGAAAAUAUGAAAGCUCAUGCAUUUUUCAUGCACAACAGCAAUGAAAAGUACAUUUGCGAAGAAUGCGGCAAGUCCUUUGCAAGAAAAGGCAGUCUCACCGUCCAUCGGGUCACGCACAGUCUCGAUCGACCAUUCAAGUGUACCAUGUGCCCAAAAACCUUCAAAGAUCGUCCAACAUUUAAACUCCACACAGAAAUACAUCGUGGCAAGAGAUUCAAAUGUCCCCACUGCGAUGUGAUGGCCAAUAGCAAGAACAGCCUUAGAGGACACAUGGUUAUGCAUUCAGAUGUAAAGAAAUACAAAUGCAACUACUGCGGCAAUGAGUACAAACGAGCUAAUGCCCUUAAAAAUCAUCUAAUACUUCACACCGGUGCACGACCUUUUGAAUGUGAAUUUUGUGGUAAAACAUUCAACAAUGGCUCAAACUGCAGGAAUCACAAAAAGAAAGAGCAUCCAAUUGAAUUAGCAGCUGUGGAUGCUUCGAAAAUUCCAAGGAGGGUAGCCUACAUUCCAAAAGAGGAACAACCCCCGCAUGAACCACAGGAACCACCUAAAACUGACUGAAAGUCUUGGAAGGCUUCACAGAGACGAAGUGAUAAACACAAUGAAUGAAAUUUUAAAAGAAAAAUAAAAUUAACGAUACUGAA